GCUUUAAAUCAUCUAUUAGGCCACUCUUUGGAGCUCUGUUUCUGAUUUAUUCUGUGUACAAAGAAUGAGAACUUCAACCACCAUUUUUACUAAAGAUGUUUACAAGAGGCUAAUAGAGCCCUCUGCGGGUGUUUGAGUUCGUUCGUAGUUGGGUUCGAUACUAUAAGUUUGUUAUUCUCAAGCUAUCGGAUUUUCUGAUUAGCAACAAUUUUCCAAUGGGUUGAUGAAGUGGAAUCAGCCUAUGUUCUUCUCAUGGUUAAAUGGGAUUGCUUGAAUAAAGUGAUGCAGAAAAGGCUGUAAAACAGGUGGAGUUGGGUAGGGUUGGUUGCAUCAACUUUGAUCAACUUCUUCAAAUGGGAAAUUUUCAAGGGAAAAAAUGGGUACAAGAAACUGUCACUCUCAUUGGUUAUAAAGAAGACUUUCAGGGUGCAUUCCAUUUGUCUUUCAUCUCCAUAACCUCACUUUCAAAACAUUAUCUAUGGAGAUUCUGAAGAUUUUGGCGGUUGUAAUAUUUGGUGUGGUUUUGUGUGGAAUUGAAAGUUUAGGCGAUGGAGAACAUCUAGUUUUUGACUAUUACAAAGAAACAUGCCCUUUCGUCGAAGAUAUUGUUCGGCGACAGGUCGAGAUUGCUGUGCUCAGAGAUCCUCGAAUGGCUGCUUCACUCCUCCGCUUGCAUUUCCAUGAUUGUUUUGUUAUGGGGUGUGAUGCAUCAAUUCUUCUGGAUAGCAAUGAGGAGAUGGUGAGCGAAAAACAAGCGGCUCCGAACCUUAACUCUCUGCGCGGGUUUAACGUCAUUGAUGAGAUCAAGUACAUACUGGAAGAAGCUUGUCCUCGUAUUGUUUCGUGUGCUGAUAUUUUGACCAUUGCAGCACGUGAUGCUGUCUUGCUCAGAGGAGGACCUGGAUGGGAAGUUUUGCUAGGAAGGAAAGACUCUUUGAAAGCAAGCUUUGAUGGAGCCAACAAAUACAUCCCUUCUCCAAAUGCCUCUCUUGAGACCCUCAUUGCCAAUUUUCAACAACAAGGCCUUGAUGUGGGAGACUUGGUUGCUCUUUCAGGAAGCCACACCAUAGGAAAAGCAAGAUGCUUGAGCUUCAGACAAAGAGUAUACCAAAAGAACCCAGAGGAAGAACAUGACAGAUACAAGGGGCACAACACAUACAGAAGAGUUUUAAGGUCCAUAUGCCCUAAAACAGGGCAAGACCAGAGGAUUGCACCCUUAGAUUUUGGGACACCAGCAAGAUUUGACAACCACUACUUCCUCAGCAUUCUUCAAGGCAAAGGGCUUUUGGGGUCUGACAAUGUGCUCAUAACCCAAGACUAUGAAGGUGACAUAAGAAGACAAGUUUGGAGCUAUGCCUCUGACCAAACCCUUUUCUUUGCUUCCUUUGUUAAGUCCAUUGUCAAGAUGGGGAACAUCAAUGUCCUCACUGCCCAUCAAGGUGAAGUAAGGAAGAAUUGUAGGGUUACCAAUUACUAAGGUUUCUCUUCGAUUCAUCUACAGUGGAUAUUUCAAUCUCUCAUUUGAAGUUUAUUCCUUUUGUAAUUUGCGUAUUGUGUAUAUCAUAUCCUGAAAAUGGAUUUUGAAUGAUUACUACGUGCAUUAUUUGUAAA